CGUAUAGGUUAUAUAAACUUAUUUAUUAUUUAUCGUGGUUCACGCUCUUUUUUUGACAUUUGAUCACGUGUGUGUUUUUCAUGUGAUUCAUCGAAUGAUUUUUCGUGUAUUUUCUGAGAGUGAAUUAUGGACACCCUCCAUGUAGAACCUCAUAUUGAUAUCAUCAUUGAAGAGGACGAGGUUAUAAAAGGAGCGACGGAAAUUGUCAAAAUUAUCAGGCCGUCCUGGCCUGCUGAUCAGUUGUUAUUCAAGGAAUUUAAAGAUGGAAUAACAAACAAACUCGUGGGAUUAUGGUAUCCAGAUCACUACAACGAGAUGAUACUAAUUCGAGUUUAUGGGCACAAAACCGAUUUAUUCAUCGAUCGAAAAGCUGAGAUUAGAAAUAUCCGUAUUCUGAAUAAAGCAGGAUACACGCAUUCAAUUUAUGCAACAUUUAAUAACGGCCUCGCUUAUGAAUUUAUUGAAGGUGAAACUCUCACCAUCAAGACAGUUAGGAAUCCAAGUGUUUAUCAACUGGUAGCGAAGCGCAUGGCUCAAAUGCAUAGACUCAAGCCGAUUCAUCCUGAAAUGUGCCAAAAGCCUUUCAUUUGGUCCAAAACUGAAGCUUUUUUAAGCUUCGUACCGAAGGAUUUUUCCAAUCGGGAAAAACAGAUAAAAAAAUGUUUUAACCUCUAUAGAUUCGAAAAGACAGUCAAGCCCUUUGCAGUUUUGAAAGAGGAGUACAAUUUCCUGAAAGAAAAAUGUUCUCAAAGCGGAAGUCCUGUUGUUUAUGCUCACAAUGAUCUUCUGCUUGGAAAUAUUCUUUACGAUGAGAAGAAAAAUUCAGUGACCUUUAUUGACUUCGAAUACACAGCCUACAAUUACCAGGCCUUUGAUAUCGCAAAUCACUUUGCUGAGUUUGUAGGAACCGAUCAUCCAGACUAUUCUCUUUACCCAGAUAAAAAUCUACAAAAAGCGUGGCUGAAGAUUUAUUUAGAGGCUUACAAUAAAACAGAUAACAUAAUGGAGGAAGAUGUCGAUCAACUUUAUAGAGAAGUUGACGAAUUUGUUCUCCUCGCACACUUUUUUUGGGGAUGCUGGGCUCUCAUUCAAAGCGAACACUCUCACAUUGAUUUCGAUUUCUUAGAAUACGCAGCAAUGAGAUUUGACGAGUACUUCAAAAGGAAAAGCAAAUUAGGUUUCUGACCUGGGAGAUUUUCUGUGAUAUUUCAUGAUAAGAACAUUCCCAGUUAAAUUCUGUGUUGUGUGAUAUAAAUCAUACAAUGUCAAUGUCAGGUGCUGUGAGGAAGAAGAAAAAUAGUAAAAACUUGUAUUUAAAGGU